CCAACUCAAUCCAUUCCAAAUUUGAAUCAUAAAAUCCUUUAUAACAUAUCAACUAAAAGAUCAAUUAUUAUUAUGGAUUUUAUGAAGUUGAUUCAUCACGUGAAGGAAGUAUCUCCAUUGAAAGAUUUAGGAUCAAUAUCGUCUCGCGACAUCAUUGCAAGUGAUUCCAGCAGAUUUAGGAUGUUGAUGAGGGAUAAAGACUUGCUCAUAACCACCUUACAGAAAGAACUAAAGGAAAAGGAUAAUUUUCUGUUAGAAGUUAGCGCAGCUGGUGCAACAGAAAACCUCAAUCAAGUACAAAAACUCAGAGAAGAAAUUGAUAAAUUAAAAGGCGACAACACAAAGCUAGAACUCAAAAACAAAGAGUUGGAAGACAGAUUGUCGCAACUGAGCGACAUCGGAGGCAUAAACAAUUUAUUGAACGACUACGAAAAGAUGUUGGGAAACUUGCUUUCCAGAUGUUUGAAACUGGAGGAGGAAAAGAAUUUGGUGUGCAAGCAUUUGGCUUGUCUCGAGUUUGCUUUCAACGAUUUGCUGGAGAAAUACGAGAGAGCGAAAACAAUUAUCUUUGGAUUCCAGAAGAACCAAGAUGUUCUACUCUCGCAAGCCACAAAAUACGAAAGCAACUUGAACAAUUUGGAGGAGAAGAAUAAGACCUACGUUGAAGAUACUCAGAAAAAAAUCAACGAAUUUGUGGAGCAACUUACGAAAAGAGAAAAGGUUCAUAUCGGCGAAGUUGCGAAACUGAAAACAAAAAUUUUACAAAGUCAAGUAAAAAUAAACGAUCUAGAAAAGAAACUGUCGAUGGCAGAGAAAGUUUCUUCGAAUCUGUCGGAAACGUCUCUCUUUCAACCCUUAUCGAACGAUAUCUACAAAGCCUAGUGUUUUUUGGGAUGCAAUGAAAAAAUAUUUGCUCAUUUCGUUUGCGAUUUAUUCUGUUACCUGUUGUAAAAAUGUUAUUAGAAUAUUGGUACCCCACCGAUCGUUCUUCAGUAAUUGCAAAUUUUUGAAAUAAAGCACUAGGUUUCCUU